AUGUCCAACAACUCUGAACUUAAAGUCAUUAAUAAUUCAAAUGAGUGGAUUGAAGAGUCUAUUGUUAAGAAACGAAUUAAAUAUUAUGAUCAUAAACACUUUAAUAAUAUUCAAGAAAUCGGUUUCGGAAAUUUCGAAAGAGUUUACCGUGCAAAUUGGAAAAAUUCUCAUGGUUUUUUAGCAUUAAAAUCUUUUAUAAAUUUCGAUAUCACUGAUAAAGGAAUUGUUAAUAAACUUAAACUUCAGCGUGAAGUGGAUUUCCAUGAAAAUAUUAUUCGCUUUUAUAGCAUUACAACGGAAAUCCAGUGUGACAAUUCAAAAAAAUAUUUGCUGAUGAUGGAAUAUGCCGAUAGUGGUACCCUUCGAAAUUAUUUAAGCGAACGCUUCGAAAAUCUCACUUGGAACGAUAAAUUAAAUCUAGCGUUUCAACUAGUUGACGCUAUAUCUUAUUUACAUGAUAAAGAAAUCAUGUAUCAUGACUUGCGAUCAGAUAGUAUUUCAGUUCAUAGAAAUAUAAUUAAAUUAGCUGAUUUUGGGUUGUCAAAUAGAAAUGAAAUGGUCGCCUAUGUUGAUCCACAAAUUUUUAUUAUAAAUAGUGAUAAAAAGUGCGAUAUUUACAAUACUGGCAUACUCUUAUGGGAAAUUUCUAGUGGCAAAUCACCCUUUUAUUGCUGGUCAGAUGAUCGUCCAACUAUCAACCAGGUUGUAGAAAAAUUAAAUGCUUUUAUUCUAAAAGAAAGCAUCCAAUUAUCAAGUAAACAGCAACUUCAUGAAAACAUUACUAAUAGUUCAUUAUAUGGGAAUAUGUCUCAAAGUUUUCAAAAUUUUAGUAAAGUAAUUAUAAAAGAAAUCGAACCUUCAAUUUUAUCAAAUCUAAUUAUAAAUGAUUUUGAAAUAAUGAUUGCUGAAAUGAUUUUCCUUCUUGAAAAUAUAAAAGCAACAAACAAAAAGCAUAAAGUUAUUAAUUAUCUUAAUAAUCAUAAUUUAACUUCGCAAGAAAUUUAUAAUUGGUUAUUAAAUAAUCAAGAUAAUUCAGAUUCUGUGUUUUUACUUGGAUUAUUUAAUCAUUUUGGAAUUGAAAUUAAUAUUGAUGAACAAAAGGCAUUUGAAUUUUAUCAAAAAGCAGCAAAUGCAGGUCAUGCAUCUGGAAUAACUAGUUUAGGAUAUUGCUAUCAUUGUGGAAUUGGAACCAGUAUUGAUAAUCAAAAGGCCUUUGAACUAUACCAAGAGGCUGCGAAUUUAGGAAAUACACGUGGAAUAUAUAAUUUGGGAGUUUGUUAUAAUAAUGGAGUUGGAACUAGUAUUGAUUAUCAAAAGGCAUUUGAACUAUAUCAAGAAUCUGCAAAUUUAGGAAAUGUACUCGGAUUAACUGGUUUAGAAUAUUGCUAUAGUUUUGGGAUUGGAACCAGUGUUGAUAAACAAAAGGCAUAUGAGUUAUAUCAAAAAUCAGCAAUUUAUGAUAACUAG